AUGCAUGCCACGCAGGUGGUGGUGGACGUGUGCAGCAGUAGAUUCUUGGCAGGCAGCCAUUUCAGUAUUGGAAUCGCAGCUGACCAAGGAUGCAGGGUAGCGUCGUUGUUUUUGAUGUCGCCGAGUUUGUGGUGUAGGGGCAGAAUAGGGAUUACUGCCUAUCGUAUUCAUUCAACAGUGGAUGCCUAUGUGCAGUCGACAACGCUACAUCUAUUGGCUCACUUCGUCUCGCCGCUUUGUAACCUAUGCAUUCUUCAACCGCAGUCGCCACUCACUCUUCACCUUCACGAUUCCCACAACGGUGUGAGGCCUGCAGUUGUACGUGGAUCGUCAACACCGUGUGCGUGCUGGAACACCAGUCUGGUCUACUUGGCUGCUGUGCUCGAAUACUUGGCUGUCGAGGUGCUGGAAUUGGUGGGCAUAGCGGCGCGUGACAGCAAGAAGACGAGCAUCAUAAUUCGUCGUCAGCUGCAGUUGGCCAUCCGCAACGACAAGGAGUUGAACAAGCUGUUGGGUGGUGCCACCAUAUUGGAGUGUGGUGUGCUGCCCAACAUCUGGGCGGUGCUGGUGCUCAAGAAGACGGAGAAGUCGGUGGCCAGCAAAGAGUUGGUCGGCCAAGUGCUUGACAGGCUGCCUGACUGA